GGGCAACGCGGCCCCGCGGCCAUGGAGGCGUCCUCGGAGUCCGAGUCUGAGGACGGGCCUGGGACCCAGCGGCCCGGGACGGGGACCGUGAGCGCGGCGGUGCGCGAGCACCUGCGGAAGCUGUGUCUGCGCGAGUUCCCGUGCGGCUCGGGCAGCUGGAAUAAGUCGCGAUUUCUUCCUCAAACUUGGCGAACGUGGAGGGAACUGGUCCCCAGAGAAGAGAACGUGGUGAGCCCAGGGGAGGAGACGGUGGAGGCCCUGCUGGGCCUGGUCCGCAGCCCCCACUCCCCCUGGGCUCUGCUGAAUGACUCCAAUUCGGAAGACAGUUUCCUUAGAGAACUGGCCAUCCGGAACCCGCUGAUGAUCAGAGACACCUUCUUCUACUCCUACUUCCGGUCCCUGCGGGUGGUGGACAAGGAGGUGACCCUGGUGGAUAAAGACCUCCUGAAAUUUCUAAAGCUGGAGGAAUUGGUACUGAGUGCCAAUCGAAUCAAGGAGGUGGAAGCUGCCAAUCUGCCCCCCACACUUAAGGUGCUGGAGCUCUACGGCAAUGAGAUCAGCAGCAUGGAGUGUCUGUGCGCCCACCCACCCCCCGGCCUGCAGCACUUGGGGUUAGGCCACAACAAACUUCUAGGCCCCUCGGAAAGUCUCCACAUCACCACUGACCACUGGCCCAACCUUGUCUCCCUGGACCUGGGCUUCAACGACCUGACGGACCUGCAGAGCAUGCUUGCCAGCCUGAGGACCCUCCGGCACCUGCGGCUUCUGGUGCUGCAGGGAAACCCGCUGGCCCUGGUGCCCUACUACCGAGGCCUCACUGUCGACAGCCUGGCCCAGCUCUGCGUGCUGGACGACAUCACCGUGUCUCCCAACGAGAAGCAUCUGUUCCGGGGGCUCAGCCUCAAUGGCGAUCUCUUGGCACAGGAGGCGCAGUUUGUGGUGACCAUUGGAAACAUCAGGGGAGUUCUGGACGCUUCUCUCUUGGACCCGGAACCAGGGCCCGAAGGCCCUUUCAUCACUUACAGCUAUUACGUGACCUACGAUUUUGUGAAAGACGAAGAAGGUGAAGCGAAUGAGUACCCGGACGUGCUGGCCGAGAUCGUCAAGCCCUCUCCCAGCUUAGAAUUAUUAGUUGAGGAAUCUCCUGAAGAGGUCAUUGAAAGCGUCAUCGAAGAUGUUGUUGAAGAGGUCACUGAGGAGAUGGAAGGAUCCCUGGAGUCUGAGGUGGAGGAGUGGGGAGAGUCGGAGGUGUCCAUCAUCUCAGUCCCUUCAACUGUCUUGCCGACGCCCAGGGCCUCUGCAGAAGAGCUGGCCAAAUUGCGGCCACGUAUAGAUCCCCGGCUCUGCCCAUCCCCAGGGACUGUCCUCUUCAACACCACCCACAAGCCCUGGGCUGAGGUCAUCCCAUGCAACUAUGAGAUGCAGCACGUGCUCAGGGACCUGGUACCGCUGAAGGCCUUCCUGCUGGCAGGGACCACCGUGACUAUUGUGGAGGAGAAGAUUCUCUCCUGGCCGGUGGCGCUGCCUGCUGUCGACAGUCCCCUGUCUGCCAAGAAAGGAAAAGGAGAGAAAGACAAGAAAGAGAAGGAGAAAGACGGGAAGGGGAAAGGAGAGAAAGAGCCGGCCAAGGUACCGGGCCCUGGUGCUGGGGAGGGCGGUCCGGCCACAGCCUCAGCGGUCCUCGUCCCACCUCGUCGCACCCUUCUGGCCUCCCCCAGCAGGCACCAAAGAAGAAGAAAGAGCCACCCAAGGAGCUCCGGCAGGACCCCCCCACCCUGCAGGUGCUGGGCCGAGGCCUGGUGGUUCUGGAGCCCCUGCUGGUGGGGGAGCCCCUGGUGUCCACCGUGUGCAACUUUGGCGUGGUCCGCACCUUGGCAUCUAACAGGCUGGCAUUUGCCAGGGAUUCAAAGAAGAUUAAGAAAACUGCCAAAAAAGGUGAGUGCUGGUGGUGGUGGCCGAAGGCAGGCAGUGGCAGGAGGACCUGCCGAGGGCCGGCUCUGGUAGAGGCCAAAGGAACAGAAGGGCAGGGAUGGGUGCUUCCGGCCUGGGGAGAGGCCACGUCCCGCCUUAGGAUCCAAUGUUAAUACUCCCUCCCUGCGGCCCUCAGACCACCCGACCUGCGGGUUGUGACGCAGGUGGGGAAGGCGCCUGUGGUAGAGCCACAGCGGGGUGAGGGCUCACAGCUGGGGUGGUUUGGGGUCCCUCCGCUUCCGAGGUGUCUGCAUCCAGCUCUAGGCUAUUGGGCCUCAUUUGCUGUAAGAGGAGCCUGGACUUGUCCAGUGGGGAGCUGCAGAAGCAUCUGAAAUGGGUGCAUCUCGGGUUUGAGGUUCAGAAAGAAUGUCCGGCUGGGAGGGAGAGGAAGGAGACGGGGAGCGCUGUGGGAGGCAGCUGCAAAGCCUGAGGCCCAGUCACAGCCGAGCAGCCAUCAUGCUGAAGCUGAGAAGUGGAAACAGGCAAGGG